UGUCUGAAUCUCUUUUCUGUAAUCUGUACUAAUUUUAACUUUUUCUACACAUUUUAAAAUUUACUUUCUAUUAUCCUUUGCAGUGUUCAACUCUUCUAUUCUCGUCGGUAACGUUACAAAUCAUAACCAGUCUCUGUCUCAAGUGCAAUAAUGGCUCCAGAUUUAUCCAUUGUGGAAUUUCAUUCCGAUGACAGGAAGUAUCGCUGUGGUUAUUGUAAAAAAACUGACUCAAUCAUCAGGCAUGGAAUGUGGGCACAUCAAAUGUCGGUGGAAGAUUACCAGUGUCUUAUAGACCGGGGAUGGCGAAGGAGUGGCAGCUAUUGUUACAAACCUACAAUGAAUGAAACAUGCUGUCCUAUGUAUACUAUCAAAUGUGCAGCUCUAGAAUUCAGGUUAGCAAAAUCCCAUAAAAAAAUUCUCAAGCAAAUGCAUCGAUUCUUGGCAACAGGUGAUAGGAAGCGAUCAUCAAUUCGAGAUUCCUCUCCGGGUGGUGCAGUAGAACUGAUUCAGGAUAUUCCACAAGAAAGGCGAUCUCAAAUUGAAACUUCUAGUAUCCAAAUAGAUGCUGGAUCACCUGCUGAAGGAUCAAUUUUACACUCAAAGAAAACUAAAUUAUCUGAAAGUAUGAAAAUGGAAACAGAAGAAUCCACAAAACCCAAAUCUUUAGAAACCAAGUUAGCUCCAAGCGAAUUAAGUACCAGAGUUUGCGGGAAAGCAAAAUUCAAAAGGAGAGAAAGGAAAAAACAAAAACUCAUAAGUCAAGGAAUGACUCCAGAAGAGGCUGAGGCAUUGAUGAAAGAAAAUCGGCUGAAGAAAUCACAGCCAAAAGGGGUAGAAGAUUUUGUAAAUGCACCUAUGCCAGAGAAUCCUGCACACCGAUUAGAGGUGCGAACAAUAGCUAGUAGCGAGCUGAGUUCCUGUAAGGAAGCAGAGUACGAGAUUUACCAAAAGUACCAAACAACAAUUCACAAAGAUCCCCCUGAGCGAUGCUCCAUGCGCCAGUUUACGCGCUUCCUUGUUGACUCACCGCUUCAGAUAAAAUUGGUGAGAACUCGCUCAGAAGAGUUUGAGGAAACGUUUGAUGUGAGCUGGGCUCUUUACACUAAGUAUCAAAUGGCUGUCCAUAACGACCCUCCUGAGGAGUGCACGCGAAAAUCUUACUCUGAAUUUCUAGUCCUUUCUCCACUGAAGUUUAAACUAGGCAAUGGAAGUCCUCCCAAAGGUUAUGGAUCUUUUCACCAACAAUAUUGGUUGGAUGGGAAAUUAAUAGCAGUGGGAGUCUUGGAUAUUUUACCAAAAUGUGUAUCAUCUGUUUAUUUUUUUUAUGACCCAGACUACAAGGAUCUGACACUGGGCACCUAUGGAUCUCUAAGAGAAGUCAUGUUCGUCCGUUCACUGCAAGCCUUCUCGCCCAGCCUACGCUUUUAUUACAUGGGAUACUACAUUCACUCUUGUCCCAAGAUGCGAUACAAAGCGAAUCUCUCACCCUCCUUUCUCCUCUGUCCAGAAACUUACGAAUGGUUUCCAAUUAAAGAAUGCCUUGCCAAGCUUGAUCAGUUGGAAAGUUCUCAAUAUUGUAGGUUCAACCCAGAUUUGGAUGCCACAGAUACAGAGGGUGAAACAGAUUUAGGAAAAGUGACAGUGUUUUACUCAAGUCGCGUGAUGUCCUUUACGUCUUAUUUGCGACUAGCUCAACUUGAAGAUGAGCCCGAAGAAGUCGAAAAAAUAAAAGAAUACGCAAUGCUAGUCGGUAAAAAGUGUGCCAAUCGAAUGCUCUUGCUGCGAACGAAUAAUUAGCUGUAAGACAGCAUGUAUCAUAGUGAGAACCGUGCUUUGAGCAUAUUCUGUUUUGCUCGAGAUUGUUUUUUUUUAUUGUUUUUUAACCAUAGUUUAUGGAAUUAGCUUCAGAGAAGAAAUUCCUUUUAAUUAAUAUAAUUGAAUUUUUACGCAA